AUGACUACGCCCUAUACUACACCUCCCGGUUCUUCAGAGAGGCGCACCAGCAUCGGAGAGACCUCUAACCCGAUCGUGAUUUCGUCACCUAUUCCCCAACUAAAGCCAUUCAAGCCGCACCAGAUGCUCAUGCAGGCUCCCGUCGCAAUUGAGUGUAGUCCAGAUCUCUCUAUCAAGUUCACUAUACACGAAGAGCUCCUUCGUUGCCAUAGUAAACUGCUCGAGGAGUGCUUCACCAAGGCCAAGAUUCUUAGAAAGCAGUUUGAACAGACCGAUCACCUUCGUGACCAGAUUGCAGCACAUGUCUUCCCAGAGGUCACUGCAGAGGAGUUUGCAGCUGGUGAUCACGAAGAAAAGGCACUGCCUCUUAUUAUCCGCGCGUACGAGAGGUUCCCUAUGCCUGGCUAUGGACCAGCUAUCAAGAAACUGAUCAACAAUGCAACGCAAGCAGAAGUGCAGUCGAAGCGUGUCAAGACAUGCAUGUUGCACGACGCCAUUCGAGAAGACAACACGAAAGUACGUCUAACCUACAUCGACGCCUUUGGUCUGCACGCAAUUACAGAGAAACUAUUCGCUGCCAUCCAUCGGAUCAACAAGAGGGAGAUUACUAGAGCCAAGGAUAAGAAACGGAUUCUCAUACUAGAAGCGGAGCCAGAUACUGUUCAAUCAGUAAUGGACUGGAUCUAUCAAGGAAAAGUGGAAUUCGAAGAUCCACAACAGCUCUACAACACGUUGCAACUCGCUACACAAUUGGAUGUCAGGGCACUGAGUGAGUUUUGUCACUCCGAGCUGUACAAUACCGCCAAAGACCAUAUUGAAGAUGCUGUGGCCAACGGUACAUCGCUCAAAACCAUGCUGGGAUACGGGCCUGGUCCAGGUGAUCGCAUCAUGAAAGUAGUAUUCAAGCAUGCAUUCAAGGAUCACGACACGCCAAAGAGGCUUCGAGAAAUGGUCAUCAACACUCUGGCCAGCAACCUCAAUGCAGAGCUAUGGACUGAAAUCAAGGACGUGGUCAGUCACGGCAUGGCUUUGCAGAUCAUCGAGGCAAUGCUGGAAUAUCAAGAGCAAGUUGAGGAAGGGGCUACGUAA